AUCUAUCAAUCUAUUGGUGCACAUAGAUAUCAUCUAUUCAGCAUACAUCUAAUUUAUGUAUCCACUAGUUAAUACACAAACGCAGAAAUAGAUAUGCUUACUGAACAGCAAAUACUUUAUCAAUGGAAUCUGUAGAAGCCGAUGAAGAAUCACUCGAUUACUAUCAUUAUUAUUAUGAUUAUUAUUUCAGUAAUACUAGUAAAACAAACUAUCCACAUGACUCUAUUGUCUGGAUGUAUGCAGCUCCAAUUCUUAUCGUAAUCGGAGUCACUGAAAAUAUUCUAUCACUAAUUAUACUAUUACGUAAACAUUUUAAAAACUUGCCAAGUCGUUUCACUCUAAUGACAUUAGCUAUUAUUGAUAGUUUAGUAUUAUUUUUUGGUUUAAUACGUUAUUGGAUAAAUGGUGUCUUCGAAACACAUCCGAAUGAAUGGAGUGAAUUAUGGUAUGGUGACAAUGGACGGCAUAGGUCAUAUUCAAUGAUACCACUUCGAAGUAAUUACAGAACAAAUUCAAACCCUGAAAAUCCAACAACAAUAUUCAGUACACUGAAAAGUUGUCAAAAAGAAUCUACAGGCAUAGCGAAUGUCAUGUCUUAUGCAACAAAACGUCAUCUACGUAUUACAAAAAUGUUGUUAAUUGUAACAUUCGCCUUUUUGAUUUGCAAUCUACCAUUUGCUAUUAUACAUGUUAUUCGAACAGCGGAUGAGACACGUCGAUCAUAUUCAUGGAAUAAAGCAUGGCUGAUAUCAUACUUAUUAGUAUAUAUAAAUAAUUGUAUGAAUUUUCCAAUAUAUAUUAUAUCACAGCCACCAUUUCGUUCAGAAUUAAAGGAAAUGUUUUAUCGUUAUAGUAAAAGAGAAACUAUGACUCAGCAUCAUGCAACUUCACCUGUGAUUGGCUAGUAUACAAACAUAUAAAUAUUUUAGGA